UUAUGCAACGUAUGCAAAGUAUGCAACAAAGCAUGUGUAAAUGAUUUUAUACAAGUUAGAAUAUAAAUUAAUUUACCAAAUACAUGUAUUGAAUGACUGAUACAACAUAUUUUUUCAUGUACAUUUGUUAAUUGAUUCUGUUAUAUAUCGCUGUUGUUUUGUAAUCUUAUCACACACUCAGACAUACCAGUUUGAGUCCGAUAUUCCAAUCCGAUAUACUACCCGAAUUCGACGUGCGUGAGAAAAGUGAAUAAACUAUUUAAAAACCAAAUAAUUAAAAUAUAAGACGUUUGAGACCCUCAAUAAAAACCAUUGCAUUCAAAGCUUGGACUGUGUGCUGGAAUUAUUGAGUAACUCCUUCGACAGCCAAAUUUUUGCACGAACACGUACACAAGUCAUGUCUAGAUGGGGCAGCCAAUUAAUCCGAAAAUGCUUUCGCUUGAAUCUGAAAGAUUUGAGUAACAAUCGCACCAAGAAUAAAUACCCUAAAUACAUUUUUGCUGGAAUAAGUGCGACUUCUGCAGCUGUCGCAGUUGGGGCUGUUAAAAAUGAAGAUGACAUAAUUGUUGGAGCUAAAGGACUGAUUAGAUUCGUAAGGUCGAUACAAAUUGGUUUAGCCAUUUCACUAGACUAUUACUUUUCAACGUUUGGACUAUCAGAAGAGGCUGAAAAUUACGCGCUGAUGAUGAGCAGAAUACACCAAAGAUGUGCAGAACGCAUAAGGGAUGGAUGCCUGGAAAAUGGUGGAACUUAUGUUAAGUUGGGCCAAGGCAUAGUGUCUUUAAGUCACAUUUUGCCCAAAGAAUAUAUUGUAACUCUAAAGGUCCUGCAGGAUAAAUGUUUGGCCAGAAACAAAGAGGAACUGUAUCAAGUAUUUCAAGAAGAUUUCGGCCACACGCCUGAAGAGUUGUUUGAAACGUUCGAUUCCGAUCCAAUCGCUGCAGCUAGCAUAGCACAAGUAUUUAAAGCUACAACCAAAGAAGGACGUUCAGUCGCGGUAAAAGUUCAAUACAACGAUCUACAGAAGCGACUGAAUGGCGAUGUGAUGACAAUCAACAUCUUGCUGAAAAUAGGGGCAUGGUUACACCCCAAAGUUGAUUUUACGUGGAUUUUGAAUGGUUUCGUUGAUGCACUGAAGCAAGAGCUGGACUUCGUUAAUGAAGGUCUAAAUGGCGAAAGAUGUGCCAGAGAUUUAGCGCAUUUGAAAUACGUGCAUGUUCCUGCAGUUUUAUGGAAUUACACUAAUACGAGAGUUUUAGUGACGGAAUUUAUUGACGGCAUUAAAAUCACAGAUGUAAAAAGGCUCAAACAAGAAGGAUAUUCCCUAGCGGAUAUAAACAUUAAAUUAUUUGAAUCCUUCGGAAGCCAAAUUUUCGAGUCUGGCUUUGUUCAUGCGGACCCUCACCCUGGAAAUAUAAUGAUUAGAAAAAACAAUGGCAAAACCCAACUGAUUAUUCUGGACCAUGGACUGUACCAAAUCGUGCCAAAUGAAGAAAGGAUGGCUCUAAGCCAUUUAUGGAAAGCGAUAGUUUUGGGGGACCACAAUAAAAUGAAUGUCUACUCAAAGGCUUUAGGAGUUGAUGACUAUACAAUGUUCGCUGAAAUUUUAACGCAAACACCCUUGAGAACCACGGGGUUUCGAUUAAAGUUUAAAUUAUCAAAGCAGGAGGAAGAUUAUAUGAGAAAAGUGGCUGGCGAGCGAUUCGAUCAAAUCGUGGACUGCUUGCAGGAAAUGCCUAAUUCAUUGUUAUUGGUGCUUAGAAACCUAAACACCAUUAGAGCAAUUUCGUACGAUCUAGGAAACCCUAUCGAUCGAUACGCGAUUCUAGCUCGAAUCGCCACAAAGACGGCGUUUGAAAGUGAAAACAAUGGUAUAAUUAGGAAAAUGCUUUCUAUUCCAAAGAAAUGUUGGUUUGAAGUGAAUUUAUUCCUUAUUCGACUCGUGAAUUUUUGGAGAAUGCAACUAUUGAAAUUGCUCUAUGCCAUAGGAGCAGCUCCAGAUGUAAACAAGCUUAUUGAGCGGGCUGCUCGAGCGUUAUAAACCCCCAUUUAAAAUUGCCAAUUACUAAACCAAAGAGCUAUUGCCAAAGCACAGAGUUAAGGCGCAAAUGUGGUAAAAUGUCUAGGUUUACAAACUAGUGAAGCAAUUGGUUGUAACUGUAAAUAAAUCAUUUGGGAUAA